CGACAUUAUCACGACAUCGCCAACGCCUUCUUUGGUGUUCAAUUGGGUCAAAGCUGGAGUCGAAGACACCCACAGACGAGCAAAGACGGAAUAGCCUGUGAGAAGUUUCGUCACUGAGCCAAUUGACUGCAUCUCAUCCCAAUUCUCACAGCUUGGUGACAGCCUCAUUCUCAAGCAAGACAUUGCAACACAACAUUCCUAGAGACCUAACCAUUCUUGGUAUACGAAUAACCCUAAGACUCGGGGCUGAAAGUGUAGUCACGCUGCACCAGAAUUCCGUUUGACGUCGCAUCAAAAAUCUCAGUCGAUCCGGUGACACCGAUCAUAACCAAGGCAUCAUGGCCAGCCAACACAAACCUGUUGUCAGCUUCCUCGGCCCAGUGGCCUCAUACACCCAUCAGGCUGUCCGUCAGGCCUUUUCUGAGUCAACAUGGGAAUUCUCCCCUGCAGUUACUAUCGAUGACGUAUUUGACCAGGUCCAAAGCGGCCAGGUGCAAGCUGGUGUUGUGCCGUUUGAGAACUCCACCAAUGGUUCUGUGAGCUUCACCUUGGACAACCUGGCUGACAGAACGAACCAUUAUCCGGAUAUCACUGUCGAUGGCGAGACAUACGUGGACGUUCACCAUUGUCUUGUUGGUCACAAGAGCCCUGUGCCAGCUGUCGAAGACAUUGCUGAAGGAUCCGGUACUUGCACCCCAACAGCCACUGACCCGUCACCUUCAAAACCACGGUCCAGGCCCCUGGCAAGCCUCAAGCACAUUCAACGCUUAUAUUCGCACCCCCAAGCAUUUGGCCAAUGUACCGCUUUCAUCUCCACCUAUCUCAAGGGUGUCGAGAUUUUCGAGGUCAGCUCAACCAGCAAGGCAGCUGAAAUUGUCAGUAAGGACACGACGGGUACCUGGGCCGCCAUCUCAAGCGAGCUCGCCGCUAAACUUCAUGGUCUCGAUUUUCUGGGAAAAUCGAUUGAGGACAGAGAGGAUAACACGACUCGUUUCUUCGUGAUUGGUAAAAAUGCUGCAGGCCCGAAGGACCUUGAAAAAACUGAAAAGGCUGUUGCUGAGAAGGGAAGCAAGUCGCUUGUCUCUUUCACAGUACCUCACACAUCACCUGGCGCUUUGGCGGAUGUGCUGAGCUGUUUCCGAACAUUCGACAUCAACUUGACCAGCAUCAACACUCUACCAAGCCUCGUGAAACCCUUCCAGUACAUUUUCUUCAUUGAAUUUGAAGGUCACAAGUAUGCCGAUCCUGAGGGCCGGGUCAACGGUGCGCUGGAAAAAAUCAGUCGCGUGGCCGAGAGCUGGAGGUGGCUUGGAAGCUGGGAGAGAUACAUAUAA